CUGCUCGGGUCCGUUGUGUAUGCCAGUGUGCGCGCGCUCAGAUGGGACCCAGGUGAGCCCGGGCACCCACUCUGCCAGACCGCCUGGUGCAGGCCACCUCAUUUCCAGUGCAGACACGCCAGGCCCUCAGCCCCAGCCCAUGGAUCUGCGGGUGGGCCAGCGACCCCCCGUGGAGCCUGCUCCAGAGCCCACCCUGCUGGCCCUACAGCACUCCCAACGCCUGCACCAGCACCUCUUCCUCGCUGGCCUGCAGCAGCAGCAGCAGCGUGCUGUGGCACCCCUGAGGCUCUCCAUGGAUACACAGAUGCCCGAGCUGCAGGUGGGGCAGCAGGAGCAGGAACUGCGACAGCUUCUCAAUAAAGACAAGAGCAAGCGGAGUGCCAUAGCCAGCAGUGUGGUGAAGCAGAAACUGGCCGAAGUGAUUCUCAAGAAGCAGCAGGCAGCCCUAGAGAGAACCGUGCACCCCAGUAGCCCUAGCAUUCCGUACAGAACGCUGGAGUCCUUGGAGCCUGAUGGGGCCACCCGCACCAUGCUCAGCGGCUUUCUGCCUCCCGUUCCCAGCCUGCCCAGUGACCCCCCAGAGCACUUCCCCCUGCGUAAGACAGUCUCUGAGCCCAAUCUGAAGCUGCGCUACAAGCCCAAGAAGUCCCUGGAGCGGAGGAAGAACCCGCUCCUGCGGAAGGAGAGCGCUCCGCCCAGUCUGCGAAGGAGGCCAGCAGAGACCCUUGGGGACUCCUCCCCUAGCAGCUGCAGCACGCCCGCGUCAGGGUGCAGCUCGCCCAACGACAGCGAACACGGCCCCAGUGCCAUCCUGGGCCCCGAGGCGCUCUUGGGCCAGAGGCUGCGGCUGCAGGAGACCUCUUUGGCUCCGUUCGCCUUGCCGACGGUGUCCUUGCUGCCCGCAAUCACUCUGGGGCUGCCCGCCCCUGCCAGGGCGGAUGCAGAUCGCAGGACUCAUCCAACCCUGGGACCUAGGGGGCCGGUCCUAGGGAGCCCCCAUACUCCCCUCUUUCUUCCCUCUGGUCUGGAGCCCGAAGUUGGGGGCACCUUGCCGUCGCGCCUACAGCCCAUUCUCCUCUUGGACCCCUCUGUCUCCAACGCCCAGCUGCUGACUGUGCCCGGGUUUGGGCCCCUGCCCUUCCACGUGGCCCAGUCCUUACUGACCACCGAGCGGCUCUCUGGGUCAGGCCUCCACUGGCCACUGAGCCGGACCCGCUCAGAACCCCUGCCCCCCAGCACCACCGCCCCCUCACCGCUGGGCCCCCUGCAGCCCCUCCUGGAGCAGCUCAAACCUCACAUCCAGCUGAUCAAGAGGCCGGCCAAGCUGAGUGAGAAGCCCCGACUGCGGCAGAUUCCCUCUGCUGAGGACCUAGAGACAGAUGGUGGGGCCGGGGACCAGGUGGGAGGCGACAGCCUGGAACACAGGGAAUCCAACCAAGGGCAGCCGGAGGCCAGACGCCCCCUUCCCCUUCAUCCGCACCAGCAGGUGUUCCUCUGGGAGCAGCAGCAGCAGCAGCAGCAGCAGCAGCGACUAACAGGGCGGCUGCCCCGGGGAGGGCCUGGGGACUCUGUGCUGCUUCCCCUGGCCCAGGGUGGACACCGGGCCCUGUCCCGAACUCAGUCUUCGCCCGCUGCGCCUGUCUCGCUGCCAGCCCCGGAGCCUGCCAGCCAGGCCCGCAGGCUGGUCUAUGACUCGGUGAUGCUGAAGCACCAGUGCUCCUGCGGGGACAACAGCAGGCACCCUGAGCAUGCCGGCCGCAUCCAGAGCAUCUGGUCCCGGCUGCAGGAGCGGGGGCUCCGGGGCCAGUGCGAGUGUCUCCGUGGCCAGAAGGCCUCCCUGGAGGAGCUGCAAUCGGUGCACUCCGAGAGGCACGUGCUUCUCUACGGGACCAACCCGCUCAGCCGCCUCAAACUGGACAACGGGAAGCUGGCAGGGCUCCUGGCACAGCGGAUGUUUGUGAUGCUGCCCUGUGGCGGGGUUGGGGUGGACACGGACACCAUCUGGAAUGAGUUGCACUCGUCCAACGCUGCCCGCUGGGCGGCCGGCAGCGUCACGGACCUCGCCUUCAAAGUGGCUUCCCGGGAGCUAAAGAACGGUUUUGCCGUGGUACGGCCCCCAGGACACCACGCAGACCAUUCCACAGCCAUGGGCUUCUGCUUCUUCAACUCGGUGGCCAUCGCCUGUCGGCAACUGCAACAACAGGGCAAGGCUAGCAAGAUCCUCAUCGUGGACUGGGACGUUCACCAUGGCAAUGGCACCCAGCAGACCUUCUACCAAGACCCCAGCGUGCUCUAUAUCUCGCUGCAUCGUCACGACAACGGCAACUUCUUCCCUGGCAGUGGGGCUGUGGAUGAGGUGGGGGCUGGCAGCGGCGAGGGUUUCAAUGUCAAUGUGGCCUGGACCGGAGGUCUAGAUCCCCCCAUGGGGGACCCUGAAUACCUGGCUGCCUUCAGGAUGGUCGUGAUGCCCAUUGCCCGGGAGUUCUCUCCAGACCUGGUCCUGGUGUCAGCUGGGUUUGAUGCUGCUGAGGGCCACCUGCCCCCGCUGGGUGGCUACCACGUGUCUGCCAAAUGCUUUGGGUACAUGACGCAGCAGCUGAUGAACUUGGCGGGAGGCGCGGUGGUGUUGGCCUUGGAGGGUGGCCAUGACCUCACUGCCAUCUGUGAUGCCUCCGAGGCCUGCGUGUCCGCUCUGCUGGGCAACAAGGUGGACCCGCUGGCUGAAGAAAGCUGGAAACAGAAACCCAACCUCAACGCCAUCCGCUCCCUGGAAGCUGUGAUCCGGGUGCACAGUAAGUACUGGAGUUGCAUACAGCGCCUGGCCUCCUGUCCAGAAGCCUGGGUGCCCAGGGUGCCCAGGGCAGACCCAGAAGAAGUGGAGACAGUGACUGCGCUGGCAUCGCUGUCUGUGGGCAUCCUGGCCAAAGACAGGUCCUCAGAGCGGCUGGUGGAGGAGGAAGAACCUAUGAAUCUCUGAGACUUCCAGAUGAUUAGCCCUGUGCCCACCCUUGCCCUGUGCGCCCAGUUCUCUCCCAAGCUCUGGCCAUAACACCCACUCCCAGGUCGUCAGAGAUCCGAGGGUGGGUGGCAGAGGCCAGAGGAUGGCCUGCCUUGCCAUCUCCCCAGAAGACUCCUGGAUCUUGGGUGGGGACCAGAGAGGACCCUGAGAAGGGGCAGGCUAGACAGCCCCACAGGACACUCCCCAGAAUCGAUUCUGCCCCUCGGGGCGCAGGCCUCUGGCAGUGGCCCCUGUUUCUCAGGACUGCGCAGGGGACCAGCUUCGUUGGGCCCACCCACCGGUAACCACUAUUCUCGGCUCUACAGACCUGGGGCUUUGCACACAGCCUCAGGCCCCACACAGAAAUGUGAACUUGGCCUCAGUUAGGGGCCCCUAUGCCUGAGUGUAGGGGAGUCUGUCUUCUUGCUGGCUGCCUUCGCCUACUCUGGAAGCGCCACUCCUAGGCACUGAGAUGAAGCACCCUUUGAGAGCAGUCCCUGUGCCUGCCAGGGGCUACCCUAUGUCAGCCACCUCGGAGCCCUGGACAGAUGCCUUCGGAGUUCUGUACUUCCUGACCCCAUGGUGCCAAGCCUUCAUCUCCCCCAGAAGCACAACAUGGCCUCCAGAGAACCUGGGUCACUGCCCUCCCAUUGCCACCCUCUCUGUGCCUGGGGUCUCCCCCACCCAUGCCCCCACUCUGAUUCCUGCCCCAUGUAGGACCAGCUUGGCUGAGGGGAUGUGGGUGGAGAGUAGACACAGAGGCAGAGAAGGGGAGGCUGCCCUAACAGUCUUCGAGGUGUUUGGGGCCAGGAAGGAAAGUAUUGGCAUGUGUGUGUGUGCGUGUGCUUGUGUGUGUGGGUGCGUGGGUGCGUGGGUGCGUGCGUGAGCGUGUGUAUUUCCCAGACCCACCAUGCCCUGUGUAUGUGUGCAUGUUUUUGUAAAAAAAAAAAAAAAUCUAAAAAUGGAAAAAAAU